UAGGGUGAAAAGCUCAGCCAUUCGUGAGGAGCUCGGAGUAGAGCCGCUGCUCCUUUGCGUCGAAAGGAGCCAGUUGAGGUGGUUUGGGCAUCUGGUGAGGAUGCCCCCUGGGCAAACGCUAUGUCUGAUUGUCACAAAAUUUUCUGUGGAUACUUAUUGGGUCUGGGUUUAAUCAAGACUUUACCUCCUAGGGAGACGGCGCUCUCCUGCUGCAGUACCGACAGUGGCCGCGGUGGCGCCGUUUCACCACAAGUGGGAAAAGUCCGUAAUAGCCGUAGAAAAUCCUAGACAUCAUAGAAUAUCAUAGAGAUUAUAGAGAAUUAAAGAAAAUGAGGAACGCUUCACGAAUUUGCGUGUCAUCCUUGCGCUACCCGGAGCCCCUUCUUCUCUGUUUCAAUUGUUUCAUUUCCCAGGAGCCAAUGAGAGGCCUCAGAGCUUGUUUCAAUUUUCGGCCGACCAAUCAAAGGAUCCACGGUUUGCGCGUCCAAUCAGAUGCUCUAUUUGUUUCAAUUCUGACUUCUCGAUCCGCCAUGUUGGAUCACCGCUGGACUGCCGUCUCAUUCUAACAAUACUCGGCAGACAUGGAGCAUCCUACAUUCCGGAGGGCCCCUAACGGGACCAUCCUGCUCAAGGCCUCCCCAGCGGCCCAGGCCCUUUUCACGCAGCAGCCCCCCAGUGCCCAGGCGCCUUACAGGGCAAAGAAGCCGGAGGAGGUGGACUCGGAGGCCUGGGCUCACGUCGUCUCCGAGGGCGGUGACACCGCCAACGCCGCCCUGGUCCUGAGCCGGUGGAAGGUGCAGUUUGGCCGCUACCAGGGCAGAACCUUCCACUGGCUCCUGGAGAACGACGUGGGCUACAGCGUCAAUCUGGUCGCCUCCCACCAGAAGGAGCGCGAGAGGACGCAGUCUGAGUCCCCGCUGAUGGCCAACAAGGACGCCUUCACCCGCUACUCCUCCGCCUAUCCUGACUUCGUGGAGGCUGUCAGGUUCCACCGGGCAUUUGAGGAGGCGCGGGCGAAUUCCCUCCAGCCCGGUCAGGAGGGACGGGCCCUUGUUGGCUUCGGGGACUUCAAAUUUGAGACCCUGGAGAGCCUCUACGAGUCGACGGACAACAAAAAGAUCCGUUUUGUCAAGUACCUGCGGAGGACGUCACCAGCUCCAGGGACGCAGAUGGAGAACGCCGUCCAGUAUGUGCGCAGCAGAGACAGGCAGAGGAUGAAAGCUGCUGCUGGAGCAUCUACCUCCUCCACCGCCUCCACCUCCAGCAGCAGCGCAGCCUCUGCAUCGGCCGCAAGCCAGAGAGCCACGAGUGCAUCACAGCCUCUUGGUCCAGCGCUUGUGGAGUUUGUCUCUGGUCGGCGUUCUCUAUCUGCUGUGGAGAUGCAGGCCCAGGUGAAGAAGCUGGUGGCCCCUAAGCCUGCAUCUACAGCCUCCCACUUCAGCCCCUUCAGACCAGCUCUGUCCUCCCCCCGGUCAUCUGUGGAGCCUACAGAUGAAGAGCUGGUCAAGGCGGUAGUUGACUUGGAGACCUCCUCGAUUGCAAAGGCUCCCCUUUUGCGCCUGCCACCACCCGCUGCUGCUGCUGCUGCUGCCGCCGCCGCCUCCUCCUCCUCCUCCUCCUCCUCCUCCUCCUCCUCCUCCUCAGCACCUCCUCCUCCGGGAGCCGGUGUCUCUACUCUGCUGGACGAGCCCACAGACGAGGAGCUGCUGGAAGCCUCGCAGGAGAUAGACCCCCUGGUGGAAACUCCUGCAGCCCUCGUCGUGGUUCAGCCUGCCGGAACACCGGCUCCCUCGCCUCCAGCCGCCCCCUUGACGCCGUCCGCACCCGUCGCCGUGGAGGGAUCGGAGGAGUUCCUCCCUCCCCUCCAUCUUCUGCCAUUGCUGCCUCAGUCCUGGAGGGCAGCUCUCACUGUGGAGCAGCAGCAGUGGAUCGGCCGGGUGCUGUUUACCAGGGACAGCCAGGGGAGGCCUCGGCUCGUGGGCGAGCUCAACCUAUGGUGGACCCCCCCCCAAACCCGGCCGGUCUACAACCAGCCUCCCGCAUCCCCCGACCCCUUCUUCGCAUGUCGGCUGUUUCUCUGGAUGCCACACCGGCUUUGGCGUCUGCAGCUGACAUGCCCCCAGCCUUCGUGCUCUGGGUCCCUGAUGAAGGCUGGGCUGUACAGGACCAUCCGGAGGGUCCUGGACAUCGACGGCUGGUACCUCAUGGCCACCGAGUACCUGGAGUGCCGUCGGUGUAAGAAGAAGGUCGGGGGGUGGUCACAGGGCAUCAUCAGGCAGCUGUCCCCCACCCACAGCUGCCAGUUCCCAGCUGUACUCACGUACAAGCUGUCCUGUGACAUGAGGGUGGUGAUACAGCUGAGGUCCCGCACUCUGGGGAACAGUGCCAACCAGCUGCAAAACACCCUGCGGGAGCAGCACUCGGACGCCUGGAUGCGGAGAGCCAUCAAGUACCUCGGCGUGUGCGAGCCAUUCCUGGCCUUGUGCUCGGCGAGGGGGCAGAUUCCACCUCCGCCCGAGAUGCCCCCUCUGCCAUCCCCCGUCUGGCUGCUGACCGUGUACAGCUACGACGUCCUGGCGCGGCUGGAUGAGUACAAGGCCAGGAUCACGUCCACCUUCGGGUCCAUCAAAAAGAUGGACUCCACCAAGAAGGUGACAAAGAAGCUCGCGGGUAUCGCCUCCGACACGGCCGCCUGGGCUACCAACGUCGGCAAUGAGCACGGGCAGGUCCUCAUGAGCGUCCUCACCUCCACCGAGAGAGCGCCGGGGGCCUGUCCGGGAUGGCGGCCGGCUUGA